CAAAUACUUGAUCCACUACUAAAGUACGUCGAUAACCUACUGAUGCAAAAUUUACAACUUCACGAUAAGCCUUUCCUUGCCGAAGCAUGUCCAGUGUGUAAAUGCACGUCGGAUUUCACCCACGAUCACAGCACGUUCCUCCCACUAUCACCUUGCGGCCACUGGAUCCACUAUAACUGUUUUGUCUGGCAUUGUACGCGUCUCGACCCCUCGCGAUCGCAAUGUCCCGUUUGCUCGACUGGACUAUACCACUGGGAUGGGAUUAAUGCCCUUACUCUCGCAACCCGUACAUCGAUUGAGAUGGAGAUGGGUGCCUUAUGCUUUCCCUACUACGACCAAUAUCUGAACCUCCCCAUCUACAACGACCGAAAUGAAUAUGAAGCAGACUGCACUGUGAUCGAGGCCGAGAUUCAAAGGGCAUAUGCAACAUGGGUCUUCCAAAUUAUCGACCCAAGAGAUGGUUCCCCGAACCUUAUAGCUGUUCUGCACGCCGCAUUACGAUUCAUUCGCGAGACAGGGCGCCCCAAAUCGAAGUGGUUGAGUUGGGAUACGUGUCUAGGGUACCUACUAUUCACUACGUUAGUCUGUAUCAAGUUGAAAAGGGUUAUGAAAGAGACACACUUCCUGGUUGUGGACUCGCACGGGUGGGCGGACUUGGAUCAGGAAAUGAGGGCACUGCAGGCAAGGAUAUUAGCUGAGAUUGCAGGU